CAGGACCCAGUCCUUCCCUCUAACCGAGCCGGCAGCCUAUUACCUCCUCAGUUCUCCGCCCAUUCCUUUACAGGCGAUUCUUUGGGAAGGUAUUGUCAUGCAAAUAAAGGACGCGUAAAAUAUUCCCCCGGAGCGCAGCGCUGGGCAGAGACUCACACGGACCGCGAGGAGGACUCAAUCCGGGGCCACACGGUGGAUUUGUAUUCUUUGCGUCGCUGCAAAGCCGUCCAUCUGUCACAGACCCGCCGGCCUCAUGAGCAGCGACAUACAGCCAGGAAGCAGGUCGGGCCGUUAAAGGAAAAGCGGCGGGAACACCGAAGCCUUGUGGAGAGGUCACACUUCCAGUCUCCCCCCUGUGAAUACGGUGCUGCCUCUUCGCCAUCCCCUUGAGUAAACUACCUGCUGCUGCCACGGGAGGGAAGCUCUAACUAGAGACCCCUGGAUCGCUUGAGAGCAUCCUUUAAUUUUGUAGGGGGAUUUCCUCAGAAAUUAACAUUUUUGCACACCAAGUGUGCCGUUUCUCUUCUUGUCCUUUUUGGGAUAUAUACAGUGCUCAUUUUCCCCUUUUUUAGAACCUUAACGUGCCUUUAGAAGUUGGUCAUCAUCCAGUGUAACUGUGGCAUUCUUACCAGACCAGAGACGCUCAACGAGGAGAGGAAAAACACCAGCUUUAGAGCGCAGGCAGGAUUACUUCUCUGCGAGCCUCCAGCGAGCUUCAGCCAUGAGCCAGGCGGAUGUGUCGACUUGCUCCGCGCCGCAGAGGGUGUUCCAGGAGGCGGUGAAGAAGGGCAACACAAAGGAGCUGCACUCGUUGCUGCAGAACAUGACAAACUGCGAGUUCAACGUCAACUCCUUCGGGCCAGAAGGACAGACUGCCCUGCACCAGUCCGUCAUAGACGGCAACCUCGAGUUGGUGAAACUACUAGUGAAGUUUGGCGCAGAUAUCCGACUGGCCAACAGGGAAGGGUGGAGCGCUUUACACAUCGCCGCCUUCGGGGGUCACCAAGACAUUGUGCUAUACCUCAUCACCAAGGCCAAGUAUUCCUCUGGCGCUCGGUGAUCUGUCUCUGCUGUCAGGUAAAAAAUAGAAAAAAA